AUGGCGGCGGAGCGAGAGAAGAAGGGAGCGACGGAGGCGGAGAAGGGAGAGGCGGUGGCGGAGAAGGGAGCGGCGGCAGCGAAGGAGGCGGCUGGCGGGAGGAUCAUCACCCUGGAGAGCUCGAGCGGGGAGCCGCACGUCGUCGUCAAGCUCCCCAAUGUCGCGGCCCGCACCCUGGACACGGUGCUCGAGUACUGCAACAUGCACGCCGGCCCCGGCGCCGCGCCCGCCACCAAGCCCGACUCCGCUCCCACUGCCGCGGCCGCCGGCGGAAGCAGCAGCAGCAGCAGCGUCGACACCGCGGCGACCGAGGACCGCACGUUCCUUGACGUCCUGUCCCUGAACGCCCUCCACGACCUCCUCAUCGCCGCCAACGACCUCGAAAUCGAGCGGCUCCUCGACGCCAUCUGCCAGAAGGUCGCCGGCAUGAUCAAGGGCAAGACCCCCGACGAGAUCCGCGCCACCUUCAGCAUCGUCAACGACCUCACCCCGGCGGCGGAGGCGGAGUUGCACCACAAGUACGCGUGGGCCUUCGACGAGUAG